CUCUAAAUUCUGUCCAUCUUUAUUUUUCACCUCCUUUCCAGAGUCCCAGACCAGACACCAGCAAGUCUGAUCAGUGCAGAGUAGAGGUUAAGUACUUCCAGUGCUUUCCAUAUAACACUCCUCUAAUAUCUUCCAGAAUAACUGCCCUGUUGUCAUCAGCCUCACACUACUGACUGAUGAGAGGUCUGCUAUACCCACUAAGACUAAAGUACCACUGAUUGUACAUUUGCAACAGACAGAGGCGUAUGUUUGCAGAAUUUGGUUUUCCUACUGACUGUCUAGACCUUCAGGUUAACGUUCACUCUGAUGCACUGAACUUUCAGCCCAGCACAACCAUCAGAGCUGGUAACCUUCAGGGUAAAUGCUUGGGCAUAUAGGUCAUGAAUUUACCCUGUGGAUCCCUUAGGACAGAUCCUGAAAGAGACCUUUUAAAGUGUUGAGAUAUAACUGUUACCUUCCUAACUUAAAAUACAGUGUUUAGUACAUUACAGUAGCUGAAGGAAAAUAAUGACCUGGCUGAGGAAAGGUUGAGAGCCUAUUCAUCAGGCUCUGUAAAGUGCUCUGAUAUCCUUGGCUAGAAUAUCCAUAGAACGACAAAUGGUUGCUUUCCUCAAUCCAACAGUUUUAUUUGCAUUUUGUCUUUCUUUUCUAUACUUACCAGUGCUACAUAGAGUAGCAGAAAUAAAAAAAGAAAACCCUAAAGAACAAAAUGUGUCUUUUCUGGACUCCAGACACAGUCACAUCACUAUCAUCUAGUAUCAUCUAGUAGAAACCAGCAUUGUAGCAAUGAUGACUACAGCAGGCCUGUGUCAAAAAAGUUUUAAAUCAAAAUCGUGAACUCACUCAGCGGUCUCUUAGUGCAUAUUCUAUAAUUUUAAGGAAAUGCUAAACAUUGCACAGGUCUCAGGAGGCCUUCCGAUCUUUGUGCACUCCCAACAACCUUUGACAUAAUGAGCUGUGACAAAUUGAUUUAAAAUACAGUUGCAGGAAGAAGGGCAGCAAAGCUCUGCUCUGCCUUGUGGGUGUUGUAGUCUUUGGGCUGCUCGCUGCCUGGGCAGCCAUCGGCAGCUGGACUCCAAGUCCCACAGCUCCCACUGGAGCCUACCGCACAGGCUCCGAGGCCGUGCGCUGGGAGGGGGUGACUACAUUGUGUCUAUUGUAUGUUUUUUUCUUUUUUUUUCCCCGGCCUUUUGUACAUUUCACGAGAGGUUUAAAUCGGGAGCGAAAAGCAUGGCAGAUGAGCAAGAAAUCAUGUGCAAACUCGAGAGCAUCAAGGAGAUCAGGAAUAAAACUUUGCAGAUGGAAAAAAUCAAGGCACGACUGAAAGCAGAAUUUGAAGCCCUGGAGUCAGAGGAGAGGCACCUGAAAGAAUACAAACAGGAAAUGGACCUGCUGCUGCAAGAGAAGAUGGCCCACGUGGAGGAGCUGCGACUGAUCCAUGCUGACAUUAACGUGAUGGAGAAUACUAUCAAGCAGUCUGAGAAUGACCUCAAUAAGCUCUUGGAAUCUACUCGUCGCCUGCACGAGGAGUACAAACCCCUGAAGGAACACGUAGAUGCUCUGCGGAUGACUCUGGGAUUGCAGAGGCUGCCAGAUCUAUGCGAGGAGGAAGAGAAACUGUCCCUUGACUACUUUGAAAAGCAGAAAGCGGAAUGGCAGACAGAACCACAGGAGCCUCCCAUCCCAGAGUCUCUGGCUGCAGCUGCAGCGGCUGCCCAACAGCUGCAAGUGGCUAGGAAACAAGAUACCAGACAGACAGCAACGUUCAGACAACAGCCACCUCCAAUGAAGGCAUGUUUAUCCUGUCACCAACAAAUUCAUCGGAAUGCACCUAUAUGUCCACUCUGCAAAGCAAAGAGCCGAUCUCGGAAUCCCAAAAAGCCCAAGAGGAAACAGGAUGAAUGAAACCCAGAUGACUGACAAGCAAACACGUGACCUAUUCCAGUACUCUUCCAGCAGAACUGCAAACGUGGCCAGACUUUACCGAAGUGCAGGCUCAAGUAUGACCAACACAUUUUUUUCUAUUUAAUGCAGUGUAAGCACAAUGUUCCUGUCCUAAUUUCCUUCCAGUCCUUAGGAUUUGGUUUUAGGAAAGUAAGUAUUACUGGUGCUACAGUUUAACAUUUCAAUCAUUCCAUAUUUUGGACUCCUAAACAAAGUACAAUUCUUAUGCAAGUAUCCUAAAUGCCAGGCUAUUCCUAUUGGCCAAAUGUGACUACCACAAAUGCUUUUAUGUUCUUUUGAGAAACAGAUGUUACUAAAAGGUUAUUCUGUUUUCUUCUGAUAACAGGAGACUAUUUGAAGUGCUGAAAUAGCAGACUGUCUGAUUGUUCCACUAAAGGACAAUUUUGUUUUCCAAGCUAGCAAGACCGCUUAGGUUUGGGUAUCCAGUAGAGCUCUUUUUAUACAGAAAAUAUUCAGAGCGAAAAAGAAAUUGGUUAUACAGGACAUCAGUGCAUUAAAGGACACAUGCAAGUUUUGAUUUACUGGAGUUUGAUUGUAUCACUCCCUCAAACUUGACUUAAAAUUUGGAAGGGGAAUCAAGUUGGUGGCUGUGUAUGAAUUUCUCAAAAUAAUGUAAUUUGUGAUGCUUUAAUAUCUUAACAUGGUAUUAUUUUCAGCAGUCAGAUGACUAAUUGACUUAAGUACAAGGCUCAAAUGAACUGUAUUAGUGGCCCUCCUAGGCCCUACGGCCAACCAGCUCACUGUGCUUCUUUACGAAACAUGCAUGAAAUAUCCCAAGUCUCUAUGCACACAGACUGCAACAUCAGCCAUUCUGCAAAGCUUCUGUUCCUGGUUUCUACAGCCAAAAUCUCCCUUGGCAGACAUAUCCUCCACUGAAGCACAGGGAAGGUCAGUAACACGCGCCAGGAACAGCGUCAACUUAAAAUUACAUAUUUCACCAGAACCACCUGGCUUUGGAGUCAUUGCUCCUCAACCAAAAUAUCCUGUUUUUCUAUCUUUUAAUAGGUCAUUUUCAAGCAAGCUCUAUUUCAACGCAGGUUUUUUUCUUGCUUUGUAUGUGUGGCAAUAGAGCCCCGACUAAAGGCUAUUUUAGACCACUCCCUGUAUCAGCGUCUCCCCUUUGCUUCACCUCGCGUAACAACAGUUCCUCCAAUGGAGAGGGCAGCAACCCAACUGCAGAGCUGGGGCUUAGAAUUUACUCAUGUCCAAUCCCAGUUUUGUCACUGCCUUGGUUGUCUAAAUUGAUGUCAAGCAUUAAAUAUUCUUUUUGCUAACUCCAGGAGGCAUGGACUGCCUGCUUACAUUCUUCUCUCUUUAGCCCAGGUUUUCCUCUACUACUAUGCUGGAGUGGUUAUACUGAGAACUUUGCUCGUUCAACAGGAAGAGCAGGGAAGCCCCAAGUCUCCAGCCAGAACUCUGCCAAAUGCUUGGGACUGUAAAAAGCCACAUUAACCAGUUUUGCUGCCUAAAUCACAUAUGUCGCUAUUAAUUUCCCAACUAUGCCAAAAAGUUUAAGAGUAUUUUAUUGAAUAUAGUCCUAUAAUGUAUACCAAGUUCAGUUGGUAAUUCUCCCAUCUUAGAGUCUCAUAGCCAAAUAAAUAUCUGUCAGCAGCAGAGACAGAUCAUGGAUCACACGCCCCUGAAAAUAGGUGAAGAGCAGAUCUUGCUAGCUGAAUGGCUGGGGUUCAGAUUCUGUGAGAUAGCAGUAACAAAGGAUAGCCUGACCCCACGCUCCAAACGGCAGCAGUGCGCAAAGUCUAUCGUUAUGUAUGCUUCCCAGCACAGAUAGUGGAUUCUACUUUUAAAUGUCAGAGCUGGCACAUGCUGCGGGCCCUGUUCAGAACAACUCCUAUUGAGUUUAAAGAAAAAUGCACACAGAGUUUAAGGACAGUAUAUGGACUCCCCCAAAGUGCAUGCAUGAGAGCAGCAUACUUCAAUGACAACUGUACGUAGAUUUCAGUAGUGACAAUGGAGAACAGUCUGCAAUGAAGUAGCGCAAAUAGGAGGAUAGAUGUGUAGAAACUUCGAUUUACAGUUCUGAAAUAGAUGGGGUUAGUCAUAGCUGCUCUCACUUCACUGUUACUUUGCCAGAUCCUUUCUUGGGAGAUGUCUAGAGCUCUAAACUGAAGUGUUUUUAAGGAUGCACCAUUUACUACUUUAGUGUGGCAGUUUUUGUAUUUUUACUUUUUUAAACUAGUCUCUUGUGCCCUUGUGUUUAACAAGGUUUUUUUUUUAAAAAAAAAAAAAAAAAGAAAAAAUGUGAAUAUGACAUACUGUGUUUGUAUCAAUCAUACACUAGCGUUUACAAAUCUGUUUUCACAUCCUUUUCAGAGUUCUGCCAUAUGAAUAGCAUGUGCUGCUGAGAAUGAGCCUAACUGAAUACGAGUCAGCAGUGUGCCCUGGCAGCCAAAAGGGCCAGCCAUGUCCUGGGAUGGUGCAUCACGCACACAUCACUAGCUAGCUAAGGGAGGUCACUGUCCCAUGCUACACUGUGCUGGCACAGCCCCAAGCACUGAGCACAGUUUUGGAUGCCUCAACAUAACAAGGACAUCAAACUAUUACAGUGUCCAGAGGAGGGUGACCAAGAUGGUGAAUAAUCUCAAGGGCCAGACUUAUGAGGAGCAGCUGAGGUCACUUGGCUUGUUCAGCCUGGAGAAGGCUGAGGAGUGCCCUUAUCGCAGCCCGUACCUUCCUGGGGGCAGGGGACAUCGGAGGGGGAGGUGCUGGUCUCCUCUCUCUGGUGACCAGCAACAGGGCACAAGGGAAUGGAAUGAAGCUGUGUCAGGGGAAGUUCAGCCUGAACACGAGGAAAAGGUUUUUCACUUGAGAGGGUGGUCAGUUACUAGAACAGGCUUCCCAGGGAAGCAGUCACAGCACCAAGCCUGUCAGAGUUCAAAGAGCAUCAGGACUAUGCUCUUAGUCAUAUGGCUUAGUGUUAGGUAGUCCUGUGAGGAGCAGCGAGUUGGACUUGAUGGCCCUUAUGGGUCCCUUCCAACUUGAGAUAUUCUAUGAUUCCAAUUAUUUCAAGGAGACAAAAUCUGUGUUACAUAUUGAAGGAAUCCUGGGGGUGGGUGGGGGGUGGUGGUGAGCAAGCAAAGCACCUUCUUUCAUAGGGAACCAGUAUUCUCCCCUUUUCCCUCACAGGCUAAUUAAGGAAGUGUAAUUGAAGAGCUCUUCUUGUAGCAGCCCCACGCCCUUUUCCCCCAGGCAUCUUUCCCAAGAGACUAGAGGGAUAAUUGUGAAAUACUUACUUAUUGGGUUUUAGUCAGAGGAGGAAGCUGUUUGAAGUACAGUUCUUAUCACAACUCUACCGCAUUUUUGCUCCAUGGAACAAGAACGGCCUCUUCCUUUGUAUGCAGGAUUCUUUGAGGAUACUUCUUCACUUGUCUUAAAUUAAUUCUUAUUUGGGUUAAAUUAUCUUAAUAGCCACAGAGACCCUUCUCAAAGUUUACAAGACUUGUAUUACUAAAAUCUGGUUUAACCCUGGCUUUGUCAUUCCCUUUUCAACGGGUAUUCAAGCAACAACAUCAUCACCAGAUUCUUUUGUUACAGAAGGUUUCCAGCCUUUUUCUUGCCUCAAAGGAUAGCACCACUGUUCUGCAACCAAACAGUCAAACAAAACAAACGAACAAACAAAAAAAAAAAUCACUCGCCCCACACCCCACCUUAAGCUCAUACUAGAAGGAUGUGAACCCUCUACUGUGUCUAAAGGCUUUGCUGUAGUAAUUUUUGUACCCAACCUGGGGUAGAUCAGUUGUUUAAACUUUAGUGCCAAGGACCCCAUUAACUAUAGAGAAAGUGUAAGACAGAAUUUAAUACUCGCACCUCCUGAAUUCGACUUUAGCUUUCUAAACAGCACACUGACCAAGUGAACCUGCCAGUGGCUUCAAGUUACAGAAUCUAAUUUAGAAACAAUAGCCAUUUGUGUGUUACUCUAAAUGGGAGACUGUUCAAGAAAUUAAGACUUAGAUGAGCACUUUAAAUAAAAGUGCUUUCAUUUAUUUUACAGUUUUCUAAUUCCUCCAACAUAGGUUUUCAUUUUAGCAUUUAGGUAUUCUAGCAAUAUCUGGCGUUUUCACUGGCUUCUGUGUUUUAAAUACUUUACUCCUGUGCCCAGUAGGAGUAACAGUGUGCUACCCAUUUCAUUUGUCUGUACAGUCCUUUUUAAUAAAUGUUUGUUUCAUGUCGUGCUUU